AUGGUUGCAGCAGAGGUUGAGCGACCAAUGACGGCUGAGGAGCGCGUUCUCACUGCCAACGACCCGCCACCGCGGCCACCGACUCAGCCAGAUCUUUCUCACCGUCAGAGGGCCGCCGUGAACAACCGUGGUAUGGGCGUCGCAGGGACGUUCAGGGGCAAAGCGGAUGGCAAUAAUAAUGCGGCGGUUCCGGUCAAAGUUGUGUUGUCGAAGAGGAAGGGCAUUCAGUCCAGUCCUUCUGACUUUCUUGCUGGCCCAAGGGAGCCUGGUCAUGUGACGCACGGUGUUCGCCGCUACGAGGAGAAGCAUGAAUGUAUGGUUGGGAAGGCUCUCACGGAGGAGUGGAUCCUCGGCCGCAAGGAGGACGACCCUAUCCCACGGCGCAUGGUGAAUCAGCUCGGCCCGAAGGACAACCUUGAGGGUAUGGCUUGCAGUGUCAGAACUGAGGAGGCGAAGCAGCGGCGACAGCGGGCAUUGGGAAUGGCACCGCCGCACAGCCUGGCGGCACCUUACAGUGAAACUGAGGUCCCACCUCCGCUGCAGCAACCAACGCCCGCAGUGGGAAAACGCCGCUUUAAAAUCAAGCCCAACGUGAACCUGUUUCAAGGUGACGCAGGAGCGGGUCAGGACGCGGAUAACAAACAGACCCGCGUACGAGUGCACACGCUCCGAAACAGGUCAAAUGAAUCCUUUGAUGUGCUGAACCUUGGUCAGUACUCUGUGGAAGAUCUUCAUGAGGUGGAGCGCAAGGUACUACUUGGACCUCGUCAAUUUACCCCAGCGUCGCUGCCUCCUCGUCAACGCCCCAUCAUUGCCCGUGUGAGGACACAUGCGAAUCAGACACAUGACAUCUUUGGCACUGGUAAGGGUGUUGAAGACGCUGCUCCAGUGCACCGCAAGAAUGCUGGUGCCAGCGCUCCGAAGCGUUCUGAGGCCGCAGCUAUUUUUGACUAUCCUGAAAAGCAAAAGCCACCGAAGCCGUACCACCCGAGUGGGCUGCUUUCCUAUGAGGAGGCGACCACGCCAAACGAGCGCAAGCCCUCGGUGUCAACUGCAGCUGCGGAAGCCGCCGCAAAAGAGCGAGCCUCUACCAAGCUGUCAAAGAUGACGGUGCAAGGUCAGCUCUUUGACUCCAAGUCGCCCGACAUUGCGCCUCACGGUGGGCGCUGUCGCGGCACGUAUGCACCAAAAACCGGUGGCAACAACAUCUUCUGA